GGGUGGCCGGCAGAGGCCGUGACAGUGGUCAUUUAGAGCGGUGGCCACUGUCUUGGGUCACUUUCUGCACAGUCGCCCACUCUCCAGCUAAGCUGCCCUGCCCCUUUGCUCUCUGUAGUGUAUUGCAGUAGACAGUCAUUGCAAGGGCACUGCGAGGGUCACUGCCAUGUGAGACUCGGGCACUCCAGACUGGGCACAUGAGGUCCCUUGGGAGAGACUCCUGGAGGUGCCCGGUCGAGCCUGGGCGCUGGCGUGAGCUCUAGAUGGUGUGAGCCAGCCCAGAGCCAGAAAAUGGCCAGAGCCUUGGAGGCGGACGAGCAGGGUCUUUGGGACGAGGAGGGAAUUCUGACAGUGAAGCUGGAGGAGGACGUCAGCUGCCGGCCCGAGUCCAUCCUGCCCGCGGACGACCCGGUGCUUGAGACCUCGCACCAGAACUUCCGGUGCUUCCGCUACCAGGAGGCCGCCAGCCCGCGCGAAGCCCUGGUCCGGCUGCGGGAACUCUGCCAUCAGUGGCUGCGGCCGGAGAGGCGGACAAAGGAGCAGAUCCUGGAGCUGCUGGUGCUGGAGCAGUUCCUCACGGUCCUGCCCGGGGACUUGCAGCGCUGGGUGCGAGGCCAGCGGCCCGAGAGCGGCGAGGAGGCCGUGACACUGGUGGAGGGUUUGCAGAGACAGCCCAGGAGACCAAGGCGGUGGGUGACUGUCCAUGUUCACGGCCAGGAAGUCCUGUCUGAGGAAACGGUGCCUCCAGGAGCAGAGCCCACGGCCCCGAGGGAGCUGAUGAACUCUCCGCAGACCGUGGCCGAGGAGUCCCCGGAGCUCGCUGCCCGGUCCCCGACUCUGAGCCCAGAGGAGCCCAGCCUGGACCAUGACCCGGAGCCGCAGCCUGCGCAGGAGAGCGAGGUUCCUGUGCCCCAGACCCCUGACCCUCCUGAGGAGAAGAACACGGGAAAUCCAGAAAUGGUGGCACUGCUCACUGCGCUCUCCCAGGGAUUGGUGACUUUCAAGGACGUGGCUGUCUGCUUCUCCCAGGACCAGUGGAGUGACCUGGACCCAGCGCAGACAGAGUUCUAUGGAGAGUAUGUCUUGGAAGAAGACUGUGGCAUCGUGGUCUCCCUGUCAUUCCCAAUCCCCAGGCUGGAGGAGUUCCCCCACUUCCGAGAAGAUGAGCCUGUGGUUCCUGAGACCCCUGAUACUCUCGGGCCUCCAGAUGCUCAUGGGCCUCCAGAUGCUCCCGAGCCUCCAGAGCCAGAAAUCCUGAGUUUCACCUACACGGGAGACAGGAGCGAGGAGGAAGAGUGCGCCGAGGCAGUGGCCGUAGGCGGUGAGCGUCUCUGCCGGCCCGCGCUGGGCAGCCCCGAGGUACACCAGACUCCGGACUGGGAGAUCGUCUUUGAGGAUGACUCCGAGAGACCUGGCGAGAGGAGGGUGGCGGCCAGCCUGCCCCCAGCCAACAGCCUGCCCCCGGCCAACAGCCUGCUGGGCCUGUGCGAGCCGACACCCCUGCCGCUGCUGGCGCGCCACCACGACUGCCCCGUGUGCGGCAAGAGCUUCACCUGCAACUCGCACCUGGUGCGGCACCUGCGGACGCACACGGGCGAGAAGCCCUACCAGUGUCCGGAGUGCGGCAAGAGCUACACCCGCAGCUCGCACCUGUCCCGCCACCAGAAGGUGCACAGGCUCGCCGCGGCCGCCAGGGACCCCCCGGACCAGAAGGAGCUCGAGGACGCGGCGUCCCUCGCCCGCCCCGAGAAGACGCCCACCGUGGACAAGCCGUACCGCUGCGAGGCCUGCGGCAAGCACUUCCGCUGGACCUCGGACCUGGUCCGGCACCGGCGGACGCACACGGGCGAGAAGCCCUUCUUCUGCACCAUCUGCGGCAAGAACUUCAGCCAGAAGUCGGUGCUGACCACGCACCUGCGCAUCCACCUGGGCGGCCGGCCCUACCUGUGCGGCGAGUGCGGCGCCGACUUCAGCGAGCACCGGCGCUACCUGGCGCACCGCAGGACGCACGCCCCCGACGACCUGUACGUGUGCCGCGAGUGCGGCCGCUGCUUCACCCACAGCGCCGCCUACUCCAAGCACGUGCGCAGCCACGCCACCGGGCGGCCCUGCCGCUGCUCCGAGUGCGGCAAGUGCUUCAGCCGCCGCGACCACCUGGUGCGCCACCAGCGCACGCACACGGGCGAGAAGCCCUUCACCUGCCCCACCUGCGGGAAGAGCUUCAGCCGGGGCUACCACCUCAUCCGGCACCAGCGGACCCACUCCGAGAAGACCUAG